AGAAAUAAAACAACAGCGCGAAUUUCAGAUAGCGUUACUGAAUAACCUCCUUAUUUUGCGAGAUGGCUCUUCACUAACCAACGCAACAAAAGUGCCGAUAGAAAAUUACGACAGUGUGUGUGUGAAUAAUAUAACCUUCGCUGCUAGCUUGAUUUAAAUAGAUUCGUUGUUUCCUCGUUCGUAGUAUAUGCAUUGGUGUGCAUAGUGCGUGUGUCACAACAUGACCACGCGAUACAUAGUAUCGUACAGUAUUAUCAUGUUACGUGGUUGCUGAUAAUUCGCUUGGGUUGCCGCAGUGUGCCAAUGGAUCGCGCGUCCAACGUUACAGUUCGUAGAUUAGAUCACGUCGAGAGUAAACGGGACCGCAACAAUCUCGAGGGAGUACCAAAACACGUGGAGAGCAAGAUGCGGGCAGCGAUCGCGGUGUUCUGCGUUUUCCUCGGCUGCUGUACGAACGUCGUGUUUCUGGAACUCCUCGUUAAGGAUGAUCCUGGCAGUGGGAACCUCAUCACAUUCUCACAGUUCCUGUUUAUAUCCGUCGAGGGUUUCCUGUUCACGUCGAAAUGCGGCACCGUCAAACCAAAUAUAGGCAUAAAGGAUUACUUCAUAUUGGUCACGAUGUUCUUCGUGACGAAUGUCUGCAACAAUUAUGCCUUCGACUUUAAUAUUCCCAUGCCGUUGCACAUGAUAUUCAGAGCUGGUUCUCUCAUAGCCAACAUGAUAAUGGGUAUCGUUAUCUUGAACAAAAAGUACGUAUUUAGCAAGUACUUGUCAGUAUUCAUGAUCACUUCGGGGAUAGCGAUCUGCACGAUCGUCAGUGGCAAGGAGAUCAAGUCCCUGCAGCAGAAGAAUGUGGAACAGGUGCCCACCACACCGUGGGAUGACUUCUUCUGGUGGAUCUUAGGCAUAUCUCUGCUCACGAUCGCUCUGUUUGUCUCCGCCAGAAUGGGCAUCUAUCAGGAGGUGUUGCACAGCCGAUACGGCAAGAACGCUCGGGAGGCUCUGUAUUACACGCAUUUGUUGCCGCUGCCGUUCUUCCUGACGCUGGCACCGAAUGUCUACGAUCACUGGAACUUCGCGCUUGCGUCUGAGCCGUUGAGACUGCCUUUCUUCGGUAUAUAUAUGCCGGCGUUGCUCGUAUAUUUAAUCGGCAACGUUUUGACGCAAUACAUGUGCAUUAGCUCCGUGUUCGUACUGACCACGGAGUGUAGCUCUUUGACCGUUACUCUGGUGAUAACGUUGCGAAAGUUCCUAUCCCUGCUGUUCUCUAUAAUCUACUUCAAGAAUCCAUUUACCAUAUAUCAUUGGAUCGGCACGCUGCUAGUCUUCGUGGGUACAGUUAUAUUUACGGAAGUGGUACCAAAGAUUACGCAAAGUUUACGACAAGUACCUAAAACGAAGAAGGUCGAAUAGCACAUUAACGUCAAGAAAAUGGAUUGAGAACGAAGCGCCAUAUCUCUUCUUUUAUUCGUUCAUUGACUGCAUAAUAACUUUUUAUCAAUACUUCGAAAUAUCUUAAUAUUCGCGUUCUUCUUACGACAUGCAUGAAAAAUAAUACGUAGCAUAAAAAUAACGUGAAAAUUCAUGAUUAUAAUUUUCCGAUUCUUGAAUGUGCGAAAGUGAUUAGUGCCGUCCGUUGUUUUAUAUAAAUAACACGCUUCUAUAAAAUGAUAGCGAGUAGCAUUCGAAAUGUAAUAUCUGCUACCUCAAUAAUAUAUUUUCGUAAUAAAAUUAGUGGAUAAAAAGAAA